AUGAAAGAUCGAAAGCAUUUAUCCCGUGCCCGUGCACUCACGCGAGAUUUAGAGCGGGCAAUGGAUAAAUUCGAACCAGCCCUUGCCUCAACUACAUCGCAAGCCAUGCCGGUGGCUGGUAUCCUUGGACCCGCGUUCGAAUAUGACCGUGCGCGGAGGUCGACUGCCCCAUCUCCAGAGAUGAUGCCCACUCCGAAUCUCAAUCAAGACAAGGGUGACUUGGAGUAUUCAAAGUCGGAUGCACGGGAUGGUGGACAACCCUCAUUGGCGGAUUCUGUCGACAAGGCUGCGGAAUGGCUCGAGCAACUUUGUCGUGUUUGA